UGCUCAGCGUACACGCAUUGCGUGGGACGUUGUCCGCUAGUAGGAGGGGUCUCAGGCGUUUUGGGCCUGGGCUACAACUGCGGAGGAGAGAGCAGACCAGGCAGCGUGGUCGAGUCUGUAGCUGAAACCCGCGGGGGGAAAAAAAAAAGUUACUUUGAGUGAGAAAAGAGAGACCGAAAAUAUGUCCGGAGACGACGAUCCACAAGAGCAGACCAUCGCCGAUGAUUUGGUCGUCACCAAGUACAAAAUGGGCGCCGAGAUUGCCAACCAGGCCCUGAAGGCUGUGGUGGAGGCAGCCAAGGCUGGUGAGACAGUUGUCAGCCUCUGUGCGAAGGGAGAUGCCUUCAUCAUGGCUGAAACUGGAAAGGUCUUCAGGAAGGAGAAGGACCUGAAAAAAGGCAUCGCUUUCCCAACCAGCGUGUCUGUCAACAACUGUGUGUGCCACUUCUCUCCGCUGAAGAGUGACCCUGAGAUCGUACUGAAGGGCGGGGACCUCGUCAAAAUUGACCUGGGGGUGCACGUGGACGGCUUCAUCUCCAACCUGGCUCACAGCUUUGUGGUGGGAGUGACCAAGGAUGCUCCGUUGACGGGGCGUAAGGCUGACGUGAUCAAAGCGGCACACCUGUGUGCCGAGGCCGCCCUCAGACUGGUCAAGCCUGGAAACCAGAACUCGCAGGUCACGGAGGCCUGGAACAAGAUCGCCAAGUCAUUCAAAUGCUCAGCCAUUGAGGGCAUGCUGUCCCAUCAGUUGAAGCAGCACGUUAUUGACGGAGAGAAAACCAUCAUUCAGAACCCCACGGACCAGCAGAGGAAGGACCACGAGAAGGCUGAGUUCGAGGUGCAUGAGGUGUACGCCGUGGAUGUGCUCAUCAGCACCGGAGAAGGCAAGGCAAAGGAUGCAGGCCAGAGGACCACCAUUUACAAGAGGGACCCAGACAAGCAGUACGGCCUGAAGAUGAAGACGUCCAGGAGUUUCUUCAGCGAGGUGGAGAGACGCUUCGACGCCAUGCCUUUCACUCUCAGGGCGUUCGAGGAUGAGGGUAAGGCUAGGCUAGGUGUGGUGGAGUGUGCCAAACAUGAACUGCUGCAGCCCUUCAACGUUCUGCACGAGAAAGAAGGUGAGUUUGUGGCCCAGUUCAAGUUCACCGUGCUGCUGAUGGCCAACGGACCCCUACGUAUCACCACAGAGCUGUAUGAGCAGGAGCUGUACAAGUCUGAACACGAGGUAGAGGACGCAGAGCUCAAGGCCUUGCUCCAAAGCUCAGCGAGCCGCAAGACACAGAAGAAAAAGAAAAAGAAGGCUUCAAAGACCGUGGAAACUGAAACGGCACCAGGACAUCCAGCGCCAGCGAAGGUCGAGGAGACCGAAGCUGCGAAAUAAAACCUUCCACCCCCCCCCAACCCUGUCUUCGUCUCCAAGAAUACUGACAGACAACUGACCAACCCAAAGAACAGACGUCAAUAAUCCCUCCAUCCUACCCUCCUGUCUUGACAUGCCUGCCUUGUGGCGUGGCCUAGCCUUCUGUGAUGAAAACCUCCAAAUGUAAACGAUGUCAGACUACCGGGUGAUGGUGUUGCUCACGCCUAAAUUCAACUUCCUGUCACAUCCCUACCCAACUGUCACAUCCCUUUUCAAUAUCAAUGUCCUUGAGACAGCAGGGUUCUCCCCCAGAAUAGUAAACACGUUCGGUGCGAUGACGCUGAAAGAGAGGGAUAUUGAGUAGAACGAGGGCAUUUUCCGGAGUAGAUUCUGUGGGAGACACGUUUAUACCAUCCAGUCAUUGAGCCUUGAACUGUAAUUCUAUAAUGAUGUAUGAAGGCAAAGCACGACAGUGGAGGGUUUGAGAUGACUGCACUGCAUUGUGCCAAUGAUAAUUGUGUAAAGGAAAACCUUGUUUGAGGUCAUAAGCAAGAAGUAAUGUCUCUGAAGUGGAUGUCGGUGUGUCCUAUUAGGGAAUUAAAUGGGUAAUAACUUAAACCCGGCAUUAGUCUACAUAACGCUGUUAUAAACCGUCAUGACCGCAAAUGUUAACUGUCUACAUUGUCACACAAACUUAUUUACAGUGGUUAAGCAAACUUCCUAGCGGCAUACCUAGCUAUAUUACCCCUAGUUACAGUUUGUGACAUAACUGUCAAGUCCGUUGCCGUGGAUAUAUAGUCGAUGGAUUUUUAGAACAGGGAGUCGGAUAAGUGGCUUGCUCUCACUGCACAUACAGACAUUUGAUAUUCUUAUACCCAGUAAUGGAGGGUUCAGGUGUUCCCAUUAAAUGAUUUGUUCUGUGUAGGACGCCAUAAUUAAUUUCAUACUUCACUGGUACUACCACUGCCACAGCGCUCAAUGAAUUCCACCUAUAUUAAUCAGUGUUUACAUCAGUUUCCAUAGCUGUUUAAUACUUGAUACUUUCUAUUGUAAAAUAAAUCCCAGUUUCAGAGGCUAUUUUUUAGAAUAAUCUAGACUAGAACCAUUACAACGCCGGCAUUAAAUAGCAAAGCCGUAAUAUUGAGUUUGGGUGGGGCAACUGAUCAAAGGAUUUACUAACCAACUGCUGCACCACUAGUUCUUGUUGGGCGUUUCAUUCUGAAUAGGUUAUUCGAGGGAGAGAUCCAUCCUUGUGGAAACGUUUCUUUACUAGGUUGAUGACUUUCUAAGUUUGUUCUCGUGAAAGAAAUGUAUCAUCUCUUGCAUUGUACAUGUGUGUGGGUGUAAUUCUUAAGUCCUUAUUUGGGAAGUAAGAGGGGGUCGUCCUCGCAAUUACAAUUAGGCAUUUAGAAAGGCCUUUGAAAUUGUCAUGUCAGAAUUACAACCCAUCUCGGCGUCCGUAUUUUGCGUACUUGACUGAAAAGUAAAUGCCUCGUUAAUUCUGUGAAUAAGAUCCAUUGAUCAUCCCACUAUAAUCAGAUAAGCCUUUUGAAAUAUGGCCAUUCCUUGAUAAACUAACUCGACAGUCGACAGUUAUGACUGCUGACCCCUGCACUGGAUGUGGAAACCAUAUAUGCCUCGAUCAGUAACGCAAUAGAGGUAUUGACAACUGUUAAAAUAAUGUACAUGGUCGUUCUUUUUUUUGGAUUUAGAAAGAGGGAGUUGUUUUCUUCAUGGUUUGAAAUAAACUUUAAAACAAAAUA